UAGUUUCAAAAGUACAAAGUACAAAAUGACAAUAUUCAAAAGGGAGAAAUGAACCAAAGACGUUUUAAUAACUGGUGCUUUGUAACACUGUUUGAUAGACCGGGUCAGAAGAGAGCGGGAUUAGGAAACAAAAGGACCCAGGCACAAUGGAAGCCCAUUUUAAAUAUUCCUGUGUGGAUUUCUUCAUGACUCUUUUUGGAGUGGGCAGUUUCUUCUUCGACCUGGGAGCAGAUAUCUGGUCUGCAGGCGAGUUUUAUUUGGACGGGGACUAUCACUGGCUUGGGCUCCAGCUGUCCCUGAUUUUUCUCUCCUCUAUUUUGGUGCAUAUUUUCAGCUGGAUCUGGUUUAACAACGACACGCUGGAGCCAGGCUUCAAACCAGAGACAAGGACUGAAGGAUGGAUGGUAAAAUAUGGAUUUGUUUUUCACAUAGUCCAGCUGGGUCUUCCGCUGAGGUACAUUGUCGCCAUAGAGCUGGGGAGUAUGGCUCUCAAGGGUGACCAAUCAGGACACGCCAUUUACCGAACAUGUGACCUGAGCAUGCUGCGACUGUUUGAAACUUUCGCUGAAAGCACUCCUCAGCUCACCCUCAUGGUCUAUAUCGUCAUCCAGAACAACAAGGCAGAAAACUUCCUGUGUGUCAAGAUCGCUCUCUGUCUCUUUGCCAUCACUGGAUCGGUUGUCGACUACCACCGCUCGAUGCGCUCCUUCGUGCCAGAAAAAAACAAACUGGGCUACAGCUCCUCCGUCGUCUACUUCCUGUGGAACCUGCUGCUGAUCGCUCCGCGUGUGGGCGCUGUGGCCCUCUUCACCUCCAUCUUCCCCCCGUACAUCGGACUGCACUUCCUGCUGCUGUGGGCAGCCCUGCUCCUCUGGGCCUGGGCCCAGCACACUGACUUCAUGGAAAGCGGUCCGGGAGAGUGGCUCUAUCGCGCCAUGGUGGCCCUCAUCUGGUACUUCAGCUGGUUCAACGUGGCAGAGGGCAGGACAAUGGGGAGGAGCCUCAUCUAUCACACCUUCAUGGCAGCGGACAGCGGCAUUCUCCUGGGGACGUGGUACUGGUACAGGGUCCCCCUUGUGACAGACCACUACGUGCUGCCUCUGCUCCUAGCUCUGCUCGCCUCCUACCUGUUGGGGUUACUGCUCAAAGUCACAUACUACAAGCUCUUCCAUCCUAAAAUCUGGCAGCCCCUGCCAGAAACAGAGGAAAGUAAUUUACAGAUGCGUUGUCUUUUCCUCUCAGAAUCGAGCAAUAGUGUUGAUAGAGAUGUCGAUUUUCGGUCUGGACCCACUGUUUAUCCCUCUGCAGUUGUGGUCAACAAGCGCAUGAGGACCCUCGCCAAUAACUUUUACUCUUCUGCAUCUACACCACGUAAUUUAAACCUGAAUGAGAUUGAAAUGGUCAACCUUUAACACUAUGCCAGGUAGUAUAUGACCUGGUUUGGACUGCAUCAAGGGUUACCCUAUGUGAUGGAUUUUAGUGCUCAUGAAAAGUGUACUGGCAGCACUGGAGUUUGAAGUCCUCUCUACUUAUCCACAAAGCAGCGACACAUACACAGUAGGUUCCCCUGCCCUGAUAGGGCAACGGGUUUUGACCCCGCUCUCGGGGAACCCAUGUCUUCUGGUUUUCAUUCGGACUAAGCUCUCAAUUACUUAACUAAACCCUUAAUUGAAAUAAUAAGUAGCUUAAUUAGGCAUUUUUAAUUGUUAUCAGCCCCUAAAAAAAUGCAGAUUUCAACUAAACAAUAAUAUAUUAUAAAUUACUUGAAAUCUGCAACUUUUUAGGAGCUGAGAAUUAAAAAGGCCUAAUUAAGCUAAUUAUUACUUCAAUUACAGGUUAAGUAAGUGAGAGCUCAUUUGGAAUGAAAUGCAGAAGACACAGGGGUUCGCUCUCCAUUUCCUGCUGCAACCGAGGAACAAGUUGAGACCUCCAAACAGAUUCUAGUCCAGUCUCUCAAAACAGAAAGGCUAGUGCAUUAACCCAUCCAAUAAACUUCACAACGUGGCCUCUAAUGUAGUGUCCCCUGUAUGUCACAUUCUCAUUCCAUAUAAGCAUUCACAUUGAAGACAAAAGCACUGAAGGAGUUUCUCUCAUUCAUUCUUUAACUGUUUUAAGGAAACAUGUAUACCUUCAGCUGAAACCACCCUAACAAAAUGUACAGAAGGGUGUGUCUUUUUGUUGACACUUAACUGGAUUAACAGGGAAGCAAAAAAAAGUUUUUGCUUGCAGUUCUUCCCAGGGUCGCAUGUGAAGACUCAUUUACAUUGUAGAGCACUAGAGGUUACGAUGAAGGAAUCAAACUGCUUAAACCAGGAUGGCAGACAGGCAGGAAAGAACCAAAUGCAAUACAAUUUAACAAAACAAACAACAAAAAAUAAAUACCAAAAACAAAAUGAGGUGCAAGAGAUCAUAUUUAGAUUUUAAUGUAGAAGUUACAAAAAUGGAGACAAAACUUUUUGAAAGUAAUAAAAAUAAAUAAAAACUGUACAACACAGGAGUUUUCUGAAGCAAGGGUAGAAAGAAACAAAGUGCCUGGUAGCCCACACUGGACUGCUGAAAUCUUACACACCAUUUAGAAGGUCGGGUUUUAUCAUUUAGGGGAAAUGUGUUUAACAGCGUGGGGUUGCAGCAGAGUUUCCUUCAACUGCUGACAUUAUAGCCAUGUGUGCAUUCAUAUAAAAAAUGAAAUCAGCACCUUCUCCUUUAAAGCAUACUUAGACAAAGUGGACUUCCCAUAGCAAGGUCAGUACACAGGCUAUGAGGCUUCUGUUAAUUUCACUCCUUGCUAAAAGAAAUGAGAUGAAGCAUCAACAGUCUUCCUAUAUGUGUAGCAACAGCUAAAAUCACACACACACUAAACGCAAUACAUUCUACUUUUAUAAACUGAAAAAGAAAAAUAAUUCUCCACGUGGAGGCCAUUGAGUGUGUAAUUAUUUGUCGGUUCAAGGUGAAUCCUAUUCAUCAAAACGUAUUACAGCUUAUCAUUAUGUUUUGUUUCAUUUUGGUUGUAUAUUGGUAUACCAUGGGAGGCAAAUAAACACAUGUGCUAAAAAUAUGUAAGACACAAAGCCACAGGACUGAUGCACAGCAGAAACGGUUUAGUUUUUAAUUGUGUGCAGCAGAAUGAUGCAUUGUCUUUUGAAUCAAUGCUACCUGCCUUCCUUCGAUGUGUUAAUUCCCAAUUCUGAGAAUGAACUGCUGCAGUGUUACAUUCUUAAUAUAUUAAUCCCAUAUUUGUUGUCUAGAAGACGCAAUGUAUAUUAGAGAAUGUACAGUGCUAUACCACUGUACAACAGCGAGGUUUCCAAAAAGAAAUCUUUAGUGUCAAUAAGGUAUUCAUGCUGGUAUCCAGAGUGAUAAAGCCAUCUAUGAGGUUCACAUACAGGCUGCACACUGGAGGGAAACUGGCUUGGCAGACAGCUGGAAUAUUAGUCAACCUUUAUAUCACUCCAUUUACAAUUGCUUGAUGAUCAAGUCUUUAAACAUGUAGGACACUAGAGGGAGCACAUGCACUCCAUAACUGUAUCCAAGGAGUACAAACACUGCAAUGGAAGCCAUCAUUUCCUUUCAGUGUGCAUUGAUCAAGACCGAAUGCUACUUUAUUUGCUUGAGAAAACUAUAUUAAAACACACAUUUUGAUACAGGUUAGCCGACUGACAACAGGAGCAUGUCAAUAAAAAAUAAAAAUAUAUUUUUGUCUUGAUAUUUGUUUCUACACAAUGCAACCUUGCCAGCCCCAAAACAUACUUUUAAAGUAAAGUUAAAGUUUACAAAUACACGUGUCAGACAAUACACAGAGCCGUUUUCCUGGUUUCAAUGAACACAUCGAAACACAAAUUCAAAGCCUUCCAGACCACUGCUUGGUAAAUGUAAUGCCUUGGUAUAGAACAUCAUUUUUUUAUUUUUUUAAUAAUUUUUCACAAAACUGUAUUUUUGCCUGUACAGGGUCCUUAUAAAGAAAGCACUCAGUUACACGACCACUCCCUUUUGACAGAGUACAUCUAAAAAGGGGUGCAGUGAUGGCUGUGCAAUGCUUCACUGUUAUUGUUCAUUUUCAGAUGUGCAUGUCCCUAAAUAAGGGGGAAAAUCCUUUUCUAUAUGAUUGUCUAGCAUGCAGAUCACUGAGGUACUAAUACUUUUGACAGUGAAACAAGCAAUCAGAGAACUUAGAUGGACACAGUUUAAUUCACUUUUUAGUUAGACAAUGAUAACAAAAUGUUACAAAAGAAUUACUUAACACCGUUCACUUAAUAGCCUUUUACCUUGAAUUGUGAUGCUAUGCACGUGUUGGACACAAGCAGUGAAGAAGAAUUUCCCGUUAUCGUCCACAUGCUUACUCUAUGGGAUUUACCCACCUACAGGAAAACAUCUGAUUGUCUUUGCCAACAUUAUGAGACUAAUGUAUAUUUUGUCUCUGAAUUUAAAAGGUAUUGUAACAAAAGUAGAAAACACAAACAUAGUAAAAUAUACAUUAAAAAGUACCAUAGUAACAUGAUGCAAUAUUGCCUGGCAUGAAUUUUGGAAUGUUUUCCAGUUAAUGUUCACACUGCAGGCAUACAGCAGACAUUCAACUUAUUCCAUUUAGGGUUUUUUUUACUUUAAAUGAAAACUUUUGAUACCAGGGCUUUUUCUGACGAUAAGCUAGUAAACUGGGCGUCAUUUCAGUCUCGCUAUUAAAACAAUGUAACUACAGCUUUAAAGUGUGUGUCAUUACCAAAAGUCAACUUGAACUGAACUAAACUAAAUAACACAAGCACGCCACCAAACUAAAGAACCUGUCCCAUUGCUGGUUUCCAUUUACAGGAUUUUGAUAGAUCCCUUACACAAUAGUUAUCAUGGGUUAAAAGGCACUAUAUAAAUAUAUAUACACACACACACACAAACAUGUUGUAUACACAUUCUUUAUGUCAAGCUGCUGUAAGAAAAUGCAAUUUGCUCAGGCUCAAUUUUUUCACAGUUGACAACUAAUACACAACAACUCAAAAGGUCAACAAUCCUAUGAUGACCAUGGCAAGGUCAGAGAUACUGACCCAUAACUGACUUUGCAAGUAAAAAAAAAAAAAAAAAAAAAAAAAAAUAAAAAUGUGCCUAUCCUAUAGACAGGAUUAUCAUAAAGUGUUAAAGAGAAGCUUUUAUAGGUAGCCGUCAGAUGCUCAAACACACUUUCAGGACUGUCCCUGAACUCACUGUGGUCUUGCAUACCAUUCCAAGGCAUUCAGAGUUUGCAAAGACAGCACAGUGACUGUCUGUGGGCAGCCAGGCAGUAUUGUGGAUUCCAAAAAAGGGAUCCCUGACUUUCGCUGCUUGAGUAAAAUGAGUUAGGGGGAUCUCAGCCCAUUUCCUGGAAGAGAGGAGUUUGCAACAAAACAUACUGUAGUGGCAAAUAAUUGAGCCAGGAAGUGUGGGAGGCUGCAGACCCUGUUCCCGUUUGUCUACUCUGCUUUUUUCUUCUCUCUGGUCACUGUUAGGACAGGAGUAACACAUUUCAGUUCUACAAGUUUAUGCUUCAACCAGACUCUAUACAGUUUUUCAUAUAUCUUAUUUAAAAAGAUGCAUUCAAAAAGGCGUGCUGUUCCAAUAUGUACACUGUUUAAAAGUCAGUCCAGAGCAUGAAUUUGCUGGGAGUAGAUUAUUGAAACUCAGUGGCAA